AUGGCUUCAACAUUGGAAAUUCAUCAAUCAUCUUGUUAUAAUUCACUGAAACAAGAUGAUUCAGAUUUCAAUUUAACAGAAUGGGGAAUGAAAGGUAGUAGAAUGAUAAGUAGAGAGAACACAAAAUCAAGAAGAUAUUCAGCAUCAAUCAUAAGAAGCAUUAGAGAAGACACAGAUUCUUUUAGAUCAAACAUAACCAUUUCUAGCACUGCUUCUUCUCCUGGUUACACAUUCAAAGAUGAAAUAGACCCUUCAACCUAUUCUUUCACUACCGCUCUUAAAGCAUUGCAAGCAAGAUCAGUUUAUAAAAGUUGGGAGUGUUUAUCACCAGAUGGAUUUGCAUUGAAUUCAAAAUGGAAUGAAGCUGAAAAAUAUAUAUGCAACCCUUUAUCAGGAGAAGUACCAAUGGAAUGUUUAUCUGCAAAAACACUUAGUGGAAGAUUAUUUCAAAACUCAACUACAAAUAGAAUCACCAUGUCUGCUCCACUAGUUUAUUCAUCUAGACAUAUUCAAACAAGAACAAUGGCUUCAACUUUUAGUUUCACUAAAGAAGAUGUAGCUCUUCAAUUUCAUAGUCCAGAUCCCGAGUUCGAAUCCAACCCUGAGAAUACAAAAGAAGAGAACAAGGAAGGAAUGACAAGAGAUGCAUACACUCAAAGGAGGACAUUUUCUUCUCUUAGUUCAAGGAAUCUUAGCACUAUUUUAACUCCAUCCAUCAUAGAGAUUUCUACAAAGCUAUCUCAAGACUCAUUAAAUUCAAAUGACAAUGAAACUAAAUUAGAGGAAGAGGUAGAAGUGAAGGACAAAGAAAUAUGGGAGACAAGAGAAGAAAAAGAGAGAGGGGUGCAUGAAAAUAAGAAGAAAGAUGAACAACUUUGUAGGCAAAGUGGUUGCUUUUCAUGGAUGAAGAAGAAUAUGAGAAGAGAGAAAGAAAGGCAAAAAAGGAAUAAUGGCAUAUUUUUAAUUAAUUGA